CCGGCGCGCCGGGGCUGGCUGGCGGGCGCCGGGCGGGCGGCGAGGCCGAAAGUUUCUCUGCCCGCCUAGUCCAGUGAGCCGAAGUCGCAAGCAGCAGAGGGACCCGCCCGGCCCGGAGCUCUGGGAGAAGAGAGUCGGGAGCACAUCGCGAAACACACUGAAAAAAAAAAAAACAAAACCCUCAAGUCAGCCCCAGGCUCAGGGGCAGAUCUCGGCUCCCUGGGGCUCUGCGAGGCUUCUGCUAUGACCGCAGUCUCUUCAAAGAGCCAGCACUGCCCCUUGCUGCCACAGCCACGCCAGGUCCCUGCUCUGCCCCGCCUGUCCUCAGCCCCGUGUCACCAUGGGCAGCGUCAGCAGCCUCAUCUCCGGCCACGGCUUCCAUAGCAAGCACUGCCGGGCCUCCCAAUACAAGCUGCGGAAAUCCUCGCACCUGAAGAAACUCAAUCGGUACUCAGACGGGCUGCUGAGAUUUGGCUUCUCUCAGGACUCAGGCCAUGGCAAGUCCAGCUCCAAAAUGGGCAAGAGUGAAGAUUUCUUCUACAUCAAGGUCAGCCAGAAGGCCCGGGGCUCCCACCGUCCCGAUUACACCGCACUGUCCAGUGGGGACCUAGGAGGCCAGGCUGGGGUUGACUUCGGCCCGUCCACCCCACCCAAGCUCAUGCCCUUCUCCAAUCAGCUGGAAAUGGGCUCCGAGAAGGGUGCCGUGAGACCCACAGCCUUCAAGCCGGUGCUGCCCCGGUCAGGCGCCCUCCUCCACUCAUCCCCCGAGAGCGCCAGCCACCAGCUGCACCCCGCGCCUCCAGACAAGCCCAAGGAGCAGGAGCUGAAGCCCAGCCUGUGCUCUGGGGCGCUGUCUGACUCCGGCCGGAAUUCCAUGUCCAGCUUGCCCACACACAGCACCAGCAGCAGCUACCAGCUGGACCCGCUGGUCACACCCGUGGGGCCGGCCAGCCGUUUUGGGGGCUCAGCCCAUAAUAUCACCCAGGGCGUCAUCCUCCAGGACAGCAACAUGAUGAGCCUGAAGGCCUUGUCUUUCUCCGACGGGGGGAGCAAGCUGGGCCACCCCAGCAAGGCAGACAAGGGCUCAGUGCGUUCCCCCAUCUCCACAGACCAGUGCACCAUCCAGGAGCUGGAGCAGAAGCUGCUGGAGAGGGAGGGCGAACUCCACAAAUUACACCGCAGCUUCGAGGAGAAAGAGCUGGCCACCAGCCAGGCCUACGAGGAGCGGCCGCGGCGCUGCAAGGACGAGCUGGAGGGGCUGGAGCCCAAGAGCAAGUUGAAGGCGGCGGCGCAGAAGAGCCAGCGUGCACAGCAGGUGCUGCACCUCCAGGUGCUCCAGCUGCAGCAGGAGAAGCGGCAGCUGCGGCAGGAGCUCGAGAGCCUCAUGAAGGAGCAGGACCUGCUGGAGACCAAGCUCAGGUCUUACGAGAAGGAGAAGACCAGCUUCGCUCCAGCGCUGGAGGAGACGCAGUGGGAGGUGUGCCAGAAGUCCGGGGAGAUCUCUCUCCUGAAGCAGCAGCUGAAGGAGUCCCAGACCGAAAUCAACGCCAAGGCCAGUGAGAUCCUCAACCUGAAGGCUCAGCUGAAGGACACGCGGGGCCGGCUGGAGGGCCUGGAGCUGAAGACGCAGGAUCUGGAGAGCGCGCUGCGCACGAAGGGCCUGGAGCUGGAGGUCUGCGAGAACGAGCUGCAGCGCAAGAAGAACGAGGCGGAGCUCCUGCGAGAAAAGGUGAACCUGCUGGAGCAGGAGCUCCUGGAGCUGCGAGCCCAGGCCGCCCUGCAGCGGAGCCGGGACGCGGCCGCCCUGGGGCCCGCCUCCGCCGAGGAUGUGCCGGCCCUGCAGCGGGAGCUGGAGCGGCUGAGGGCCGAGCUCAAGGAGGAGCGGCAGGGCCACGACCAGAUGUCCUCGGGCUUCCAGCACGAGCGGCUGGUGUGGAAAGAAGAGAAGGAGAAGGUGAUCCAGUACCAGAAGCAGCUGCAGCAGAGCUACCUGGCCAUGUACCAGCGGAACCAGCGUCUGGAGAAGGCGCUGCAGCAGCUGGCCCGCGGGGACGGUGCGGGGGAGCACUUGGAGAUUGACCUUGAGGGGGCCGACAUUCCCUACGAGGACAUCAUCGCCACCGAGAUCUGAAGGGGCUCCCGGGAGAAAGCCGGGGACCUGGCAUUGGGAGGCUGAGGGGGUGCUGAGCCGGUCUAUGGGGGCUUCCCUCGCCAUCUCCCCUGCUCAGGCCUCUGGAAGAAGCACAAACCUCCUGGCUUGGGGAGGGGAAGGGAGAAGAGGGGAGGGGCCGGAGGGGCGGGGCUGCUCCAGGGCCUCGCCCCGCCUUUCCCGUGUCCCAGCGCUUCGCGUCCCUGCGGCCCACCAGACCUCUAGCUUUGCUAAGAGAUAAAUCCUGGGAUCUCCAUCAUCUCGUUAAGGGCUCCUUAAACCUUGACCUCUGUUCAAAAUACCCUCUCCCAGGGAGGGUGGAGAUUACCGUGAAGGCCGGCAGCGGCUUCCCCAGGACGGAAGCUCCCCUCCAUCUCUCUUCCCACAACCUCUCCCCCCGCCCCCACCCUCCACGAAUUGGGAUGCCUUGCGAAGAGGAUGCAGUCACUUGGGACCAGAAGCUUUGGAAUCUGACCGGGUCCUAACCCGAGCUCUUUCCUCCCGUCCCCCAGCCGCUGAGGGGCAGGGUUUGGAGUGGGGUGUGAAGAACCUGGUUUAGCCACAUCAGAGCUUCCUGACCCUGGCAGGUCACAGAAAGGAGGGCUGAGCGGAGGCAGCCCAGGAGUGUCUAGACUCAGCCAGACCGGAGGGGGUCUGUGGGAGAAGCUGGGUGGUAACGGCCAGACCGAGAUAGGCAACCUCUGGAUGGCUAGUGGCUUGACCCCCUUGACUGCUCUUCCAAAAGCCAUCGGUCCCAGUCCCUGGGGUGGAUGCUGGGAGGGAAAGAUGGAGGGUCUGGCUUCCAGCUGUCCCCAGGGGAGCCUCCAGAUCUUUCUUCAUAACCCCCAGGGGUGCAGGUUUCCCCACCUGGUUCAAGUUGACCAGCAGCUCUUCUGAGCUGUUCUUUCCCAAGAACCAAGGCUUGGCUUAGAUCCAGAAUAACCUGCGUCCACUGAGAUGGUGCCGGGCGGGCGGGCACCCUGCUCCAUCCAGCUGCCCAUUGUUUCCCUUCUCACUUCCAGGGCCAAGGGCAGACAGAGGCUUUAGGGGUCAGCGAGGGUCCGCAGAGUGCCAGGGGCUGAGAAGAGUAAGAGGCACCCACACAGCCUCCGAACAGCCCCAGGGCCACCAGCUGGGCCCUCCAACUGCAAGUCCAUGUGAUCCUUGUUGUUAAGGACCCAGGGCCUGCAGGGGGCUGGGCUUCUCUUCUGAGGAUGUGCCAAGGUGGAGAGGAGAGAUAAGGUAGCUUCUCAGCCUCUUGGUUCAGGGAAUUUUCUUUUCGUCUUCUUCCUUCUUUUUUCUUUCCUGUCUUUUCAGAGGCAAGCCAGAUCUUGCAGGCAGCCAGGCUGUUCCGUGUUCUAUUUUUGCCUCUAGCCGCAGCUGCUGUUCUUAGGACAGCCAGCCCUUGCUGGAUUCCUGGGCCUCAUGCCUGUGGGCCCAGAGGGGUUCACGGAGGUAGGAGAGAUGAGGAUGGCAGCAAUUCCAGACCAGUGCCCCCAGUUCUGUCCCUGACUGCUGGCCCUUCCAGGCCCCGGGAGCUACUUCUCCUGUCCCCUGUUCCUCCAGGGCCACCACAUUCUUUCCCCGAGUCUGGGCUGAGAGCAAAGCCACCACCUCCUCUGCUGUUGGCACUGCCUUCAGUCCUGCAUUAAGCCGCACCUGUCCUGCCUUUAUGUGACAGAGGAGCUUUUCUGGAAUUUCAAGCCAUUGCUCUUAGGCUCGAUUUAAACCUGGAAUCAAGAGGCCAAGAGCCCCCUCCAGGCCUGGAGGCCAGUCCCCUCUGCUGGGCACGUGCAAACCCCCAAGUCCAAGAGGUCUCAUUCCUGGUACCACAGCCUCUGGUCCCUCCAUCUCCACCAGGCUGUGCCUUGUUCGAGUCCUUCCUCCCAGUGAGACCGCCCCCAAGGAAUAAAGAAAGGGGCUGCUGCCACCUCCCCAGGCUGGAGACCCCUCUGCCCAAAGAGCAGCCCAAAGCUCAUUGCUCUGCCCUCAAGACCACGCCUGCCAAGAGGUAGGUGCUAAGCCCAGGAGAGGAUGCUCAGGGGCAGAGGGGCACCAUCGCAUCCCUGCCUCAGGCCAACCGUGGAUGCCCUCCCCGGGCUGCUGCCAGCUCAAGGCCCCAGGGCGGCCCACAGUGGCACUCAUUGCACCAGAGUACAAGUGUCCUGUAACAGAGCGACCUCACCAUCAUACGGUUUUUCUUCCCUUACCUGCAUAAAAACCUCCCUGCUGUUCCUGGACUUUGCCCAAUCCAGAAGGAGGCUCUGAGCAGCAGAGGCUCAGCGGGGACCGGGGAAGUCGGCCACGAGGGCCUCAGAGCAGGCGGUCUGGCCCCAGGCCAGCGGGAGCUCACCGCCCCUCCCUCUGAGCACGGCUGCUGGCGAGCCUGCUCCUUGCAGGGUCAAAGCAACACUUUGGCUCCCUGGAGAUGAAGAAAUGCUCCCCUGUCUGCAGAGACAGCAUCCAGUACCACCUCGCCAAGAGAGGACUCUGCCACUGGGCCCUGGAAUGACCAGACUCUCACGAGGCGCCUGCCCUGGGUUUCUCCUCCAGCCGCUGUAUCCCCAGUAACUCCUGCCUGACACACUCAGCCCCCGUGGACACUGAGCUCCGUGGGAACUGGGGAGCUUCCCACCCCUGAAAGCACCUGCUGAGCUUCAGCAUCUGGCUGUGGAAGGAAGCUGUGCCCCUGUGCGCAUAGAUGCUGUGACCCCGUCACCGCUCCCGUGGUCCCCCUCAUGCUGCCUCUGGGGACAGAGCGGGAACCCCGGCCCCUGGCUGGCUGUGGAUGGACUGGCCUUUGGAAGAAUGUGUACAGAGUUGUUUUUCUCUUGGUUAUGUUUUGUUGUUUGGUUUGCUCUGCUUUUGACAGCUUUGAUUUAUUUUUGAUGCCCUCUUUUGGCCAUGUAAACUAUUUCUGGUAAUUUUAUGUUUUUAUUUAUGAAUAAAGAAUGCCAUUU